GAUGGAAAUAGACGAGUGAUCACGAAGGCUGCAGCUCGUACGUCGCGCGCUAUUGCCGUGCUCUCACCUGUAUGAAACAGCCCAUCGUCUUAGGUGCGCAUGCAAAUCGGCCGCUACAUGCCCCCAUGGCAAGCUCCCAAAUAGUACUACAAGUUUGCAGUGCUACACACUGCCACAAUCCUCUACAUCCUUGCAAGUCACAACAAUGGCAUCUCGAACAAGAACCGCCACCUCUCUCCUCAUCUUCGUCCUCACCACCACGGUUGCUGCGUCUACAUCGUCCACAAAUGCUGCCGCCACGCCGCCGUCACCAGAGGCACCGCCGCCGCCACCACCACCACCGCCACCGCCGCCGCCGUGCGUCGCACCACAGCCGGUUGCAGCGUUCCUCCGCGCGCGAUGCGCCGCCACGCUGUACCGAGUGACCUGCUACAACACCCUCAUCCCCUACGGCUGCGUGUUCCAGACAAACCCCGUCAGGCUCGCCCGGGCCGCCGUCGAGCUCAACGCGGCCCAGCUCCGCGCCCUCUCCACGCGCGUGAAGGAGGUCGUUGCCCGUGGCGGCAUUGGCCAGCCGGGAAGAGCCGCCUACGCGUUGCAGGACUGCGCGGGCACGGUCUCCUCGGCGGCCGGGCUGGCCAAGAAGUCGGGGGCCGAGAUCGGCAAGCUCGACGCGGCGGGAAGCAAUGCGACCGUGACUCAGGUCAGGUGGGCGAUCUCCAACGCGCAGACGUGGCUCAGCGCCGCCAUGGGCAACGAGGCCACAUGCACCGAAGAGCUCGCCCCAUGGGGAGCCGCCGCCGCCGCGAAGGAGCUUGUUGCCCGGACGGUGAUUGCCAUGGAGAGCACGAGCGUCGCCCUCGCGCUGGUCAAUGGCAUGCCACGCUAAAAUUAGCAAUGGUGAAAUGUGUGGUGGUGCCUCGUCGUUUAGUUUCCACGAAUUAGGGACUGCUUAGUAUACUUUACUACUCCCUCCGUCUUACACUAAUGUUAAAAAACGUCUUACAUUUAAGACGUCUUACAUUAUGAGACGGAGGUAUAGAACGGAGGGAGUAGUUCCUUAUAGAACUGAAUGAGCAUUUGCUGUAAUAAUUUGCAAGUGAAGUUGUUUAUAAAAAGUUGGAUUUAGUGCAAUACUAACAACUAAGUAAAUAAAGAUGUAAUCUCAUACUGGAAUGUUUUGUUCAGGACCA